AUUGCAACUCACACACAUCCAUGAGGGGGGCGCAAAGGCAGGCAACAGUCAAUCCACGCAGGAUAUCUGGCAGCUCAACAAGUGGCAUCGAUGUAGGAUGGUACAAUCAUUAGGGUGUGUCAAAGAACUGUAGACCGAUAUUUUUCAUCCACCAUAUAGUAUUCAUGCUGUUCAUCAUGCAAACGAUUAAGACAGACGUUUUAUUGUUAUUAACACAAUUCGCGUUGAAGACCUUGUGAGCGCCCCCAAAGGCUGUCUGCAUCAAGAGCCGCUACGUCUAAAGCGAACUGUUGUGGAAGAAUUCACCGCCAGCAUGAGUGGACAUGUCGGCAACUUAAGCCCAAAACAGGCUGAAGCUUUGGAACAGCUUCGUGAGAGGGUUAAGGACAUCCUUCCUGAGUGUCCGGCACAGAGCGACCACUUUCUGCUACGGUGGCUUAGAGCUAGAAAUUUCAAUGUUCAGAAAGCCGAGACCAUGCUGCGGAAGCAUCUGGAGUUCAGGAAGCAUGUGAAGGCUGAUACAAUUACAACAGACUGGAGGCCGCCUGAGGUGAUUGAGAACCACCUCUCUGGGGGUAUGUGUGGUUACGACCGCGAGGGCAGCCCCAUCUGGUACGACGUCAUUGGGCCUGUAGACACCAAGGGUCUGCUGUUGUCCGCCUCCAAGCAGGACUUCAUCAAGUCCAAAGUCAGAGACUGUGAGAUACUUCAGAAAGAGUGUGACCUGCAGACUGAGAAGCUGGGUAAAAAUGUUGAGGCGAUUACCAUGAUUUAUGAUCUGGAGGGUUUGGGGAUGAAACAUCUUUGGAAGCCAGCCAUAGACACUUACACAGAGGUCCUCACCAUGUUUGAGGACAACUAUCCAGAAGGCCUCAAGAGGUUGUUUGUUAUUAAAGCACCCAAGAUAUUUCCUGUGGCGUACAAUCUCGUCAAGCACUUCCUCAGCGAAGACACGCAGCGCAAGAUCGUCGUCCUAGGGGCCAACUGGAAGGAGGUGCUGCAGCGACACAUUGACCCCGAGGAGCUUCCCGCUGUGUAUGGGGGAAAGCUGACCGACCCGGACGGAGACCCGCGCUGCAGGACCAGGAUCAAAUAUGGCGGAGAGGUGCCAAGGUCAUACUACGUGCUUGAAUCCAUGAAUAUCCAAUAUGAGAGCGUCAUCUCCAUCAGCAGAGGCUCCACCCACCACCUGGAAUAUGAAAUUCUGAUCCCGGGAUCUGUACUGAGGUGGCAGUUUGCCAGCGAGGGAGCAGACAUUGGCUUUGGGGUGUUCAUGAAGGCCAGGCUGGGAGAGUGGCAGCGGGCCAGUCAGAUGAAGGAGGUGGUGCCCAACGAUAGGUACAAUGCCCAUCUGGUACCAGAGGAGGGCUCCCUUACAUGCAGAGACCCUGGAGUGUAUGUUCUACGAUUCGACAACACCUACAGUUUCCUCCGUUCUAAGACCAUCAGCUUCACGGUGGAGAUACUACUGUCUGACAGGCAAUCACGGUCUUCAGAGACCUCCAGCCAAUGAGAAACUGCACUGAUUUUAAGUCAACUGAACAAUUGAUGUGCUGUAAAUAUACAUGGAUAUCAACAUACCUAUCUAUAUGUAAAAAGAUGUAGCGGUACAACCAAUUCGGUACACAAGGUUACAUGAAAACCAUAUAAGACGAAUGGUCUUCUUAAGCUGUUCAAGCUGUUGUGUUAACUCCCUGGAUUUAUAUUUAUGUAUAUGCAUACGUUUAUGCACAUGUGUGUAUGAGUGAGCAUGUUGGGGACAGGUCAAAAUCAGCUUACGUUGUACAAACAACAGUCAUUCCUACACAGCGAACAGACAUGAAUUGUUUGGAUAGUGCUGCAACAACCUGUCUUACUUGAAUAUGAGUGGUAGGUUAUGUAUGAGGGGAACAGUUGCUUUUAUUUAUUUUUUAAAUUAAGAGUCCUAGCCGUGGGCUAUCACUGCCAGUGUCUUAUUUUUGAAACCCCUUCUUGUCAUCAUUGGCUUCUUUUGCACAUGGCAUGCCCAUUUCAUAUUAAAUGUCAAUGACUAAAAGGAGAGGAUAUAGUGCUGCACUUUUUUUUCUUAAAAUAGGUAGGUUGAAGUGUUACCAUGAAAUGAACCAGUAAUCUUUUUUUUUAUAGUAGGUUAUUGAUGCAAAUUGCAAAAUUUGCUAGAUACUCCAGGGCAUUUCAUGUUUGUUCAGUUGUUUGUUUUGUUAUAUUAUGUGAAUAUAUGUAGUAGAUGUUGUAAGUAUCACAAACUCACCCAAUUAUUGACUGCAACAUUGAAAAUCCAUUACAUGGAUGUAGGCUGUGCAUACUAUAGACAAUACAUGGAUGUAGGCUGUGCAUACUAUAGACAAUAAAUCAGAGACACUUGUCUUGA